AUGUGCGGAAUAUGUUUUAUUUGUUCGAUGUCACCGUCAGCGAAGUCACAGAUUGGAGACUUGAUGAAUACUUUAUUUUGUGAUCCCUUGCUGCAUCACCGAGGUCCAGAUGUGUCUAGAAGUCAUGUCAUCUCACUUGCUGAAAACCUUACUGGCUACAUGCAGGGUUGUGUUCUACAUCUUCGGGGUCAUUUAACACCACAGCCUGUGUCUGAUGCAGAUGGCAAUGCUUUUCUAUGGAAUGGAGAAGUUUUUGAUGGCAUACAGGUAGAGGAACAUGAAAAUGAUACUGAGGUUCUGUUUGGUCACUUAGUCAAGUGUCUUACGGAGGAUGAUGUCCUGAACACCAUGCAGAAGGUCCAUGGGCCUUGGGCUUUUAUAUUUUGGCAGGCAGACACACAGAAGUUAUGGUUUGGCCGAGACAUGUAUGGAAGAAGAAGCCUGUUGUGGCAUCUGCCACUUUCCCCUACUGACCAUUUAGUGCUGACAUCUGUAGCCUUGGGCGAAAUGGCCUACACUGAAAUACCUUCAGUUGGCAUCUUUUGCCUGGACUAUUCUCAAGUGCCACCACCCAGCGCUGGUGCCUCUCAGUGCCCUGUGUUGACCCUGUUUCCAUGGAAAGACUGUAGGUGGCCUGGCAUCUUUCUGCCCGUUACAGAAACUGAUGAGAAUAAUAUUCUGGCAUUUUUAUACCCAAAUCUGGCAACUUGCAUAUCAGUUUGUAUUGAUAGGAGGAGUAUUCUGGACUCCUGGAUCCCACAUAUAAAUAACCAGUUGCCUGCUAAGGAGGCUUCUUCGCUAAAUACCAGCAUUGAUCUUACAAACUGUGCCUCUUUAGAAGAUAUGCUGAUUAACAUCUUGAAUGCCAGAAGUGAUUUAGAUGCACUAGCAGAUGAACUGAUACAUGUUCUGCAAUCAUCAGUGGAUAAAAGAGUGAAGAAUCUACCAAGGAAUCCCAGAAGCUGUGAACACCUUCACUUCCAAGAGAGUCAAACCCUGAUUUUGCAAGCUAAUGUUGCUGUCCUGUUUUCUGGUGGCUUGGACUCUACUGUCCUCGCAGCUUUAGCUGACAGAUGUGUGCCUGAAGGUGAACCAAUUGAUCUGUUAAAUGUGGCUUUUGAACAGUCUGUCACAACCAAUCUUAAAAGCGACAUGGAAGAUAUUGCAAGCAGAGCCGUAGAUGUAGACAGAUUCAGCGUCCCUGAUAGACAGACUGGAUUGUUGGCUCUGUCUGAGCUGAACCCCAAGCGUAUGUGGAAUUUUGUCAAAAUAAACGUUUCGCAGGCCGAGCUACAGGAUUUGCGUAAAUCUCAUAUACGGAGGUUGAUUUAUCCUUUACAGACCGUGCUGGAUGAUAGUAUCGGGUGUGCUGUGUGGUUUGCUGCAAGAGGUUCUGGUGUGACACUUCACAACAAUGAAAAGUUUACAAGCAAAGCCAGGGUACUACUAUGUGGCAUGGCUGCAGAUGAACAGUUUGCUGGGUAUUCUCGGCAUCGUGUGACAUUUCAGACCAAGGGGUGGGCAGGGCUGUUGAAGGAGAUACAGGAGGAGAUGUGGAGAAUAUCGGCCAGGAAUCUUGGAAGGGAUGACAGAAUAAUUACAGACCAUGGCAAGGAAUGUAGGUUUCCUUUCUUGGAUGAAACCUUCACACGGUUUGUUAGUGCACUUCCACUUUGUAAGCGGGCAGACCUCCACUUGCCACGUGGGGUUGGUGAUAAACUCCUCCUUCGACUGUGUGCUGUCAAACUAGGUUUGGUGAAGACUGCAUCACAACCAAAACGAGCAAUUCAGUUUGGAUCAAGGAUUGCCAAACUGGACAAACGUAAAGAAAAGGGCUCUGAUGUGUGUGAUCGACUUGCGUGA